AUCUAAACGUCACACUUCAGCACAAUUUCUUUCAGAUUGAAUUGUUGUUUGAAACCUUUGGCUGGUUACACACUUGCAUCAGUUCAUUAGCAGGAGAUGAGUUCAGACACCAUUAAGCUGUUGAUUUGUGGAAGUGGUAAUGGAGCGCACGCUUUUGCCGGUAUCGCGUCAUCUUUGAAAGGAACUGAAGUUCGAGUGCUUAGUUUGUAUCAAGAUGAAGCAGAACGUUGGAGUGCUGCAAUGCAGAAGACAGACCUGGAAGUUGUCUUACAUCGGAAGGGAAAGGAUUCAACAUCUAUUGUGUCUAAACCUGCACUGAUAACGAAAAACCCAGAGGAGGCCAUCCGAGAUGUUGACAUCGUGGUAUUUGUGCUGCCGGGAUUUGCUCAUCAAGUUUUUCUUGAUACCUUGAAGCCAUACAUAAAACCUGGCACAAUAUUAGUCGGCCUACCAGGAGAACCAGGGUUUGAGUUUCAAGUUCGUCACGUGCUAGGCGAAAUAGCACAGCAAUGCACGAUCAUGAAUUUUGAGUCACUACCAUGGGCAUGCCGCAUCACUGAGUUUGGUGUUAGAUGUGAGGUUCUUGGCACAAAGGAAACCUUACAGGGAGCCUUGAAGAAAGGAACUGGCGUGGAACCACAGAAGGACCCUGUUUCCACACUGCAAUAUCUCCUGGGUCCCCUCCCUAAACUGAUCGUUUUUGGUCACCUGUUGGGUGUUCAGUUAAUGAGCACUAAUGCCUACCUGCACACGUCAAUACUGUAUGGUCAGUGGGAGGGGUGGGACGGAAAUCCACUUGAUCAGCCACCUCUGUUCUACAAUGGCCUGACUGAGUCAGCUGCGAACCUCCUUUCCAGUGUAUCAGAUGAGGUUGUAAUGAUUGCCAGGGUUGUCGGGGAGAGGUCAGGAGCUGACAUGUCUAACGUUGUCCACAUUUACCAGUGGUACAUGCGAUGCUAUCCACAAGAUAUUUCCGAUAAGACAAACCUGUACACCGCAAUACAGACCAAUGCUGCCUACCAAGGAUUGAAACACCCAGUCAAGACAACUGAAGACGGCAAAUUCGUGCCAGAUUUCACGUACCGGUACAUGACGGAGGAUAUCCCUUACGGUUUGGCUGUAAUCCGCGGUAUCGCAGAAAUUGUGAAAGUUAAAACCCCGAAUAUUGACAAGGUGCUUACAUGGUGUCAGGAGAAAAUGGGCAAAGAAUAUCUCGUGAACUCAGAGUUUCAAGGCAAAGAUGUCGCUUCAUCCAGAGCACCGCAGAGAUAUGGAUUCACUUCUCUGGAAUCCAUCUUGUAGACAACUGGCUUUGCUUGCUCGCCCUUAGUCAAAAUCAGAUUUACCACAAGUCGUAUUAGAGUUGUUGACUGUUGCCGAUGAACUUAAAACUGUGAUCAUCAAUUUCAUCAUUAGUUCUUGAUGUGACUAUUCCAUUCUAUGAAUCCUGUUAUGGAAUAUGAUAUGAAAUAGGGUACUUAGUUUGGGAAUGUUCGAAUAAAUUGAACUUUGUUGAACGCU